AUGGCAACAAUCAAAAUCCUAGAUGGAGGCCUAGGCACCUCCCUAGGCGAUCAAUACAACAUAAAAUUCGACAGCGCAACAACUCCCCUCUGGGCCAGCCACCUACUAGUCAGCGACCCAGCCACACUCCAAGCCUGCCAACAAGACUUCGGCAAUGCAGGAGUAGACAUCCUGCUCACAGCAACCUAUCAAGUCUCCGCGCGCGGAUUCGCACUCACAAAGACACAAGCGCACCCAGACGGCAUCCCCGCCAGCGCAGUGGGCCCUUACCUAACGCGCUCGGUGGAUAUCGCCGAAGCAGCCAAGGUGCACGACGCCGCCGCUGUCGCGUUGAGUCUGGGGCCGUAUGGUGCUUGUAUGAUUCCUGGUCAGGAGUAUAGUGGGGCUUAUGACGCUGAGCAUGACAACGAGGAGGCGUUGUAUGUUUGGCAUUUGGAGCGGUUGAGAAUGUUUGUUGAGGCUGAUGAGGGGAAGUUGGGGGAUCGGUUGCAUUAUGUUGCUUUCGAGACGCUGCCUAGGCUUGAUGAGGUUCGGGCUGUUAGGAGGGCGAUUCGUGAUUCGGGGAUUACGGCGCCUUACUGGGUUGCUUGUGUUUUCCCCGGGGAUGAGGGAGUUUUGCCUGAUGGGAGUGAUAUUGAUUCUGUUGUGCGGGCGGCUGUUGGGCCGAUUGAGGGUGGGAAGGCGCCUUGGGGUAUUGGGAUGAAUUGUACUAAGAUUCAUAAGCUUCCUGGGCUUGUGGAGAAGUUUGGGACUGCUGUUGAUGCCGCUAUUAAGGAGGGGAUUGUGGAUGCCGCUCCUUCUUUGGUUUUGUAUCCUGAUGGGACCAAUGGGGAGGUUUAUAAUACCACUACGCAGGUUUGGGAGAAGCCGGAUGGAUUGGGUGAUAAUGUGAGAGAUUCUGAGCCCUGGGAGAACCAAUUGGCCAAGGUGGUCAAUGAUGCUUAUGAUCAGGGUCAUUUCAAGGAGUUCCUUGUUGGUGGAUGCUGCAAAGCUUCUCACCAAGAUAUCAGAAAGCUCAAAGAGCAAUUCAAAAUCAAAUAA